CCUCACGUUCACCCACGGUCACAUCGAGCUCUGUGAUUCGGAGGAAUAUCGUGUGCCAGCAUCCGGCUCACAGGCUCCUUUUACCUGCAGGUGUUCCAGAAACUUCAAAAUGCGUCUGGAAGAACUGAAAAGAUUGCAGAAUCCUUUAGAGCAAGUUAAUGAUGAAAAAUAUUUGCUUGAAAAUCACCCACUGGCCAUGGCCAUGGAUGCAGAGAAUAACUUUGAAAAAUACCCCCUCAGUCUACAGCCCUUGGAAUCAAAGGUGAAAAUCAUCCAGCGCGCAUGGCGUGAGUACCUGCAGCGGCAGGACCCCCUGGAGAAGAGGAGCCCGUCCCCGCCCUCCCUCUCCUCUGACAAGUUGAGCAGCUCGGCCAGCAUGAACACCUUCUCCGACAGCAGCACACCCGAUUACCGAGAGGAUGGGAUGGAUCUAGGCAGCGACGCCGGCAGCAGCAGCAGCAGCAGCAGCAGCAGUAGCCGCGCCAGUUCACAGUCCAACUCCACCAAAGUGACCCCUUGCUCCGAGUGCAAAUCCUCGCCGUCGCCGGGGGGCAGCCUGGACUUGGUGUCUGCCCUGGAGGACUAUGAGGAGCCCUUUCCGGUCUACCAGAAGAAGGUGAUUGAUGAGUGGGCGCCGGAGGAGGACGGGGAGGAGGAGGAAGAGGAAGACGAGCGAAGGUACCGGGAUGACCGCUGUCCGGCUCGGGAGCCGGGGGACGUGAGCGCCAGGAUCGGCGGCGGCUGCAGGGGCAGGAGCGCCACCACUGCCAUGCCGCCCCCGAUGCCCAACGGCAACCUCCACGCGCACGACCCCCAGGACCUCAGGCACAAUGGCAAUGUGGUGGUGGCCAGUCGGUUGAGCGGCUCCCGGGCUCCCCGCCGGGCGAUCCAGAAGCCCCAGCCGGCAGGAGGCCGGCGCGGCGGCCGGGGCCCGGCGGCUGGGGGGCUCUGCGUCCAGCCCCCAGACUGCGGGACGUGCGUUCCCGAAGAGCCCCCGGCACCCCCUAUGGACUGGGAGGCGCUGGAGAAGCAUCUGGCGGGGCUGCAGUUCCGGGAGCAGGAGGUGCGGAACCAGGGCCAGGCGAGGACCAACUCCACCUCCGCACAGAAAAAUGAGAGAGAGUCUAUCAGACAGAAGUUGGCACUCGGGAGCUUCUUUGACGAUGGCCCAGGAAUUUAUACCAGCUGUAGCAAAAGUGGGAAGCCAAGCCUUUCUUCCCGGCUGCAGAGUGGCAUGAACCUGCAGAUAUGCUUUGUCAACGACAGUGGCAGCGAUAAAGACAGCGAUGCUGACGACAGCAAGACCGAGACCAGCUUGGACACGCCCUUGUCUCCCAUGAGCAAGCAGAGCUCUUCCUAUUCUGACAGGGACACUACUGAAGAGGAAUCUGAAUCCUUGGAUGACAUGGACUUCCUCACUAGGCAAAAGAAAUUGCAGGCCGAAGCCAAAAUGGCCCUCGCCAUGGCCAAACCGAUGGCCAAAAUGCAAGUUGAAGUGGAAAAACAGAACAGGAAAAAGUCCCCCGUCGCUGAUCUUCUGCCACACAUGCCUCACAUAAGUGAAUGCUUGAUGAAAAGGAGUUUAAAACCCACCGACCUGCGAGACAUGACCAUUGGGCAGCUACAGGUCAUAGUCAAUGAUCUCCAUUCCCAGAUAGAAAGCUUGAAUGAAGAGCUGGUGCAGCUACUGCUCAUCCGCGACGAGCUGCACACGGAGCAGGACGCCAUGCUGGUGGACAUCGAGGACUGGACCAGACAUGCUGAAAGUCAGCAGAAGCACCUGGCAGAGAAGAUGCCCACAAAGUGAAAAGAAGCCACCGGGCCGGAGGACACGCUAGAAUUCAUUUUGCUUCUGUGGUUGUAAAAAUGCUGUGCUAAGGUGGCACGGAAACAGUUACCAGUGUUAGUCGUUGAUGAUGUCUGAAGCUUCAUGUCCAGUGUUUGGCCUUCGCUUCUUAAUUUAUUUUCCUUUUUUACUCGUGCCACUUAAUAUCAGGCAUUUUAAUAAAAUAUUGUUACAAAAAAUGUAUAGUACUUACACCAUCACCAACCAUGGUUAUUCAAGGAGGGUAGUUUUAUUUUCAUUUGUUUUAGAGGUUUUCAGUUGGAGCAGUAUUUUACCAGUGACCACUUUCAUUCUUCACUGUAGUUUUAAAGAAGAACUGUAAAUGACGGUGCUAUACAAGUCAAAAAGAAAAAAAAAAAAACAUGCCUGCCUCGUAGUGAAGUCGUAGCUCUCCGUAAUAUAUAUUUUAAUCAGUUUUCAACAUUUUGUGAAUGUUGACUACCUGAAGUUCAUUUUUAGAUGUGCUAUUAACAUUCUGUUGGAUUCAGAGGGUUCCUUGAAAGUUUUAUGUAUAAAUAUGUAAAAUAAAAAUUAAAACUUUGUUUCAUAUGA